UCAACCACCCAAUAUGCAUUUGUGUGGCUUCUCUAGUAGCCCUAAAGAGGAAACAACAUGCAAUUUAGCCAGUCGUUUUUUUCAUGCCAAGGCACUGUGCACGUAAUGUAUAUAAUAACAAGCGGCUUACUGUUACUUGCAUUUAUUUCACAUGCUAUGGGAGUUCCUCCCUUAGUAAGAGUUGGUGCUAUAUUUUCAAACAAACCCGGAGAAUAUAACUCGGAGUUGGCGUUUAGAUACGCUGUUCACAGGCUAAAUCUGGAUAAAAGUCUCUUGCCUGAGACAACCGUUGAAUACUACAUUGAAUAUGUAAAUCGAUUGGAUUCGUUUGAGGCAGUUCAAAAGGCGUGCAAACUUGUCGGUGUUGGUGUUCAAGCUGUUUUUAGCCCAACUGACUCGGUUUUGGCGACCCAUAUAAAUUCAAUUUGUGAUGCUCUGGACAUACCAAGUAUAGGGCGGUCUGCUCAUGACUUUUCUAUUAACGUGUAUCCAUCCCAGCAAUAUAUAAACCAAGCGUUUAAUGAUGUAAUACACUAUCUGAAUUGGACCCGAUUUGGAAUUCUGCAUGAAAAAGAAUAUGGAAUUAUUAAUCUGCAUCAGCUAUCCCGUUCUACUCAGGGUGAAGUUCACAUGCGACAAGUUUCUCCCGGGUCGUAUUUAUCUGUAUUGAACGAAUUUAAGUGCAAGGAAAUACACAAUAUAAUUAUUGAUACAACUUCGGACGGUAUAUCAAUCUUAUUAAAAAAUAUACUACAGCAACAAAUGAAUGAAUACAAAUACCAUUAUUUGUUUACUAGCUUUGACUUAGAAACCUAUGAUCUAGAAGAUUUUAAAUACAAUUUUGUAAACAUAACAUCAUUUCGAUUGGUCGACAUUGGAGAUGUAGGUGUAAAGCAGAUUUUAAAGGACCUCCAAUCAUAUAGUCACCAUAUGAUUCAGAAAUCAUUUUUGAAUCCGCAUGAAAGAAAAUCCAUUGCCCUGGAGUCAGAGCCAGCUUUAAUGUUUGAUUCUGUGUACGUUUUUGCUAUUGGAUUGCAGACAUUGGAGCAAUCACAUACCUUAAAUCUAUUGAACAUGACCUGCGAUGCGGAAAUUCCAUGGAACGGAGGCCUAAGCUUAAUUAAUUACUUAAAUGCGGUUGAAUGGAAAGGUCUUACCGGUCCUAUUCAAUUUAAAGAAGGAAAACGAGUACAAUUUAAAUUGGACUUAAUAAAGCUAAAACAACACUCCAUUGUAAAAGUCGGAGAAUGGACCCCUCAUGGACAUCUUAACAUAACCGAACCAUCAAUGUUUUUUGAUUCUGGUUCCAUGAAUGUGACUCUGGUAGUCAUAACAAUACUGGAAACUCCCUAUGUAAUGAUGCACUACGGCAAGAAUUUUACGGGCAACGAAAGAUUUUAUGGGUUUUGCGUUGACAUAUUGGAAACCAUUUCUCAUGAGGUUGGGUUUGACUACAUACUGGAUUUGGUACCGGAUAGAAAGUAUGGCGCCAAAGAUCCGGAAUCUGGUGAAUGGAACGGAAUGGUCGCUCAGCUAAUGAAAUAUAAAGCAGACUUGGCCGUUGGAUCAAUGACUAUCACAUACGCAAGAGAAAGCGUUAUUGAUUUCACUAAACCGUUUAUGAAUUUGGGGAUAAGUAUUUUAUUCAAGGUCCCGAGCUCAGAGCCAACAAGGUUGUUUUCUUUUAUGAAUCCAUUGGCAAUAGAGAUCUGGAUAUAUGUGCUGAUUGCAUAUUUUCUGGUAUCAGUUUGUAUAUAUAUUGUGGGAAAACUUUCUCCCCUUGAGUGGAAGUAUAUCCACCCCUGCGACUUAGAAAAUAUUUCAAUUGGCAAUCAGUUUUCCUUAUCUGACAGUUUUUGGUUUACCAUCGAAACUCUUAUGCAACAAUCAACCGAUAUUUAUCCGAGAGCGAUGUCAACAAGGAUAAUUAGCAGUAUUUGGGGUUUUUUUUCCCUAAUUAUUGUAGCGUCUUACACGGCUAAUCUAGCUGCCUUUCUUACAACUGAACGUAUGAUUAACCCCAUCGAAAACGCAGAAGACUUGGCAUCACAAACGGAGAUAUCUUAUGGCACUUUGGAUAGCGGAUCUACUAUGACUUUUUUUCGGGACUCAAUGAUUGAAACCUACAAAAAAAUGUGGAGAAGCAUGGACAAUAAGAAAACCACAGCGUUUACCAGUACAUAUGAGGAUGGUAUAAAGCGGGUUAAUCAGGGUAAUUACGCCUAUUUGAUGGAAUCCACCAUGCUUGAUUAUAUCGUUCAACGAGAUUGUAAUUUAACGCAAAUAGGCGGAUUGUUGGAUACAAAAGGAUAUGGAAUCGCUACACCAAAAGGUUCGCCUUGGCGGGAUAAAAUUUCGUUGGCUAUACUUGAGCUCCAGGAAAAAGGUGAUAUUCAAAUGUUGUAUGAUAAAUGGUGGAAAAACACAGAUGAAACUUGCAUUCGGCGAAGCACAAUCAAACAAUCAAAAGCAAAUGCGCUUGGGCUGGAGAGCAUAGGUGGUGUAUUUGUGGUUCUGAUGGCUGGAAUUUUUGUGGCUGCGGUUGUCGCGUUUUUCGAAUUUUGGUUUAAUUUUCGACACCUCCAAAGGGCUUCGUUAAUUAAAGCGGGCGUCAAUGAUGAGUCCAUUCAAGGAGUGAUUGCAGAAACAGAAUGGAGUUAUUCACCACCAACCCGUUGCUUUUGGACCGAAAUUUUUGAGGAACUGCGAUAUGCAUCAUGGUGUAUGAACAAGCAAAAAAGACCUGAGCUAACUCGAGUUUGUAGUCAAUGUAAGAUUCCGCAAAGGCAAACGUAUAUAUAGCGUAACGUUAAUCUUGCAGUAUACGUGUGUCAAAUACCCGACCGUAGGGCUCUGUGUCACUUUUUUGGUAGGCUUUAUGUCACUUAUAAGUAUUAAUUAAUAUAACCAUAAAAAUAUUUGUAAUACCAUAGAAGAUCGAACUAUUUCAUCAUCUUAUGUUUUGCCUCUUUGAGUUUUGUUGUUUCUCUCAUCUCGCCUAGCGAGGUGCCGUUAGAUCCGUUGUCUGUGUACAGUACAGAAAGUGUGGCGCGACACACAGCUGCGUCGCCAGUUUCUUAGCUUUUGUCUUGUCCCCUUUGAGAAGAACCGUUAUAGCGAGGCAUCAUAUUUUUUUUUAUCAGGAUCACAAGCCGAGUCGAUCUAGCCAUGUCCGUCUGUCCGUCCGGCCGUACGAAUUCUGAGGUCUUGGAAACUAUGAGAGCUAGAACAGUCAAAAUGGCAUACAGAUUCCUGGGCUUCCACGCCCACGAAAAUCUGUAGCGCCUACAGUUGUGUAUUUCCUUGCACUUAAAUUCCUUCAAUACAGACAAAUUCCUGUAAGCCAUUUAAAAGAAAAAAAUGGAAAAUAAACAAGAAAGGAAGUUAUCUUCGGCAAGCGGAAGUUUGUAUACCCUUGCAGUUAUAAGAAAUAAUCAACUUUUUUCCCGGUCGUUCUUAUGACAGCUAUAUGAUAUAGUCCUCCGAUUUUGAUAAAAUUUAAUUCGAAAUUCAAAACUAAUUUAAAAAUGUUAUUUCCAAGCUUAGAAAGUUAUAUGUUAAACAAGAAAGGAAGUUAACUUUGGUUUAUAUACCCUUGCAGUUGUAAAAAAUAAUCAAUAAUUUUAUUAAAUUUAAUUCGAAAUUCUUAAAAAUAUAAAAAUGUAUAUUAUAAGAUAAUAUGUCAAAAAGCCCCAAAGCUAUAAUUUGUUUCAUAUUAUAUUCCAUCAAUUAUCCGAUGGUUCCUAUGACAGCUAUAUGAUAUAGUCGUCCGAUUUUAAUAAAAUUUAAUUCGAAAUUCAAAACCAAAUAAAAAAUGUUAUUUCCCAGCGAAUGAAGUUAUAAGAAAAAAAACACCGAAGUUUUUUUUUUUCAAUAUUAUUUUUCCAUUAAUUUUCCGAUUGUUCCUAUGGGAGCUAUAUGAUAUAGUUGUCCGAUUUUGAUAAAAUUUAAUUCGAAAUUAAGAACUAAUUUAAAAAUGUUAAUAUCCAAGCUUAGAAAGGUAUAUGUUAAGAAACACCAAAGAUAUAAUUUUUUUUUUAAUUUUUUCUCCGAUAGUUCCUAAGGGAGCUAUAAGAUAUAGGUGUCCUAUCCGGCUGGUUCCGACUUAAAUACUACCUGCAAUAGAAUGAAGACUUUGCUAGAUCGACUCGUCUUGUGACGCUGAACAAGAAUGUAUAUACUUUAUGAAAUUAUUAUACCCUCUGCAAGGGUAUAAAAACACCAAAGAUUUAAGCUGGCACAGAAACAUUGGUAUCUUUUGACAUAUUAACCUAUACUAUUGAGAAUAUCAUUUUUGGGUGUUUAAGAACUUCAAAUUAAAUUUAAUAAAAGUCCAAUGACCCUAACAAAUAGCUAUCACAGAAACGGUCAAAGAAAUAAUAUGAAAGGUAUUAAAAUCUUUUUUUUUCAAUAUCACUGAAGUUAUCAACAAUUAUUAAAAAUUUAACAUGGUGUUACUAACAUGAUUAUUUCUUAUAACUGCAAGAGUAGACAAGCUUCAGCUUGCCGAAGUUAACUUCCUUUCUUGUUUUACCUAAUAAUAGUUUAAUUUUAAAGACUUUAAUAACUUUUUAAUUACUUUUAGGCUAAUGGAGUACUUCAAAUGCAUUUUCCUCCUAAAUUCCCACUUUGAAAAGUAUAUACAUAUUUGCUUGAUUAGGCUCAUAAGCCGAGUUGAUAUAGCCACGUUCGUAACAUCGCAAGCCAUAGUUUUAAAAUCCUUGCAGGUCGUCAUAUAGAAUAGAAAUAUUAAGAUAAUGUCCACUUUGCCGAAAACGAAAUAGAAAUGAAUUUGUAUUAUUUGUACAUUAAUUAUCAUAUGGGAGCUAAAUGUUAUAGUCGUCCUAUUUUUUUUAAUUUUAUAUGAAAUAUAGAAAGAAUGAUAUUCCCAAUAGUAGCAGUUAUUAUGUCAAAAACACGAAAGCUAUAAUUAAAAAAAAUCCCGAUCGUUUACAUAUAUAUUACAUAAAGGUAGCAUAAUAUUAUGUGAGUACUCGAUUUAUUUAAUACGUUAAGCAACAUAUAAACAUUUUAAAGGUAAAUUACAUAACAAUAUCUGAAGCAUCAUCAGGACAUUAAAACAAAUGUAUAUAUAAAUACGACAAUCUUAUUUUACAUGAAUGCGAUUUCAUUGUGGGAUACCAUUUCUUAAUUCUAAACAAUACUAUAUUGCAUAAUAUUUUCUUUUACGGUAUCA